GUCCACACUAUUCCAUUAAUCACCUUCACCUCUACACAACUCGAAAAUCCCCAUAUACGAACUUCGCAAUGACGGAUCCUGGAACGCGAAUCGGACCCAACGAUGGAUUUGAGACUUGCAACAUGUUUAUGAAGCAAGUAAUCGAUGCAUCGAAUCAACUGAAACUCUCGUCGGCCUUGGGAAUUCGGCAACGCAAUCGUUACGAUUUCGUGCUGAAAAAUAGGACGUCAGACAAGUACUUUCCGAGGCUAGAAUCGCGGAAAGAGAAUGAAUUCCUCAACCGAGUCUAUUCUAUCGAUCGCUGUUGGUGGCUGCUGGUCCUCUCCACUGCCGCACACAAGAAUAUCACCAAAACGAAGAGGCCUAUCUUGGAGGAGGUGAUCCUGGCAAUUACAGAGAGGAAGGAUGACACAGAAAUAAUACACUCUGGGAUUAGACGCAUCGCAGAAAGCAUGGGAAUUUUUGAAUUGGCCGAACACCCUGGUACUCCGCAGUCUAGUACUCAGCAGUCGAGCGAUACAUCGAAUCCCUGGGACGAAUACCCCAGUGUUGGAACCUGGCGAGUCUUUACAAAUCCUGCUCCGGACCUAGAGGACUGCAGAUUUGGGGGCAUUAUUCUUGAGAGUCUCGAAAGGAUCGAUAAUACUUUUGAAGCAGUGACCCUACGCGCUCCUUUGUGGGUACUAUCCGGCGAGCCUGUCCCCUGUUUUGUAAACCUGAGGAUCUGCAAACGACAUGUACAGAGCCUUGGAAAUACACUCUUCAACACGGAUAUAGCAUGGACGGGACACAGCUUUCGUGUUUUCCACGAAGAUGGAUUGAUACAGACCGUGCCCUGUCCUCAAAUCACUUUGACAGGUGUUUCAGACGAGGUUAUCUUCGAAGUGUUUGGGCCACGAAUACGUGAGGCAGUCAUUGCAUGCCCCAUCCGACAAAGCGAACUAGGAAACGGAAUAUCCAGGACCGAGUGUGUUUCAAUGACCUUUUCGAAAGACGAGGCCUCCAUUGACUUGUCGUUGGACUUGGUGAAAGGCACAGAUAUCUUCAUGAAGCGGAACUAA